GCGGCCGAAACCAACAACAGUCUGGUCGUGAACGCCGAGUCGUUCCGUUGUUCCGUUCUUGCCGCGUCCGACUAUUUCGUUUUGUUUGUUAUUUUCUGAUAUUUCAACCUGCAGCUUCUGACCGCCGACGAGGCAGCGCUUGCGAGAGAAAAUGACGCGAAAUAAUGGGACACUGGAUGACUACACGUGCUCAAACGCACUGCUGUUGCCGUUGAUCAGCGAAUUCACUUGGUCAAUCGAGGUGCGGGCAUUUCUCUAUUUGUUCGGCCUCCUCUACUGCUUCACGGGUGUGGCCAUUAUCGCCGACAUCUUUAUGGGCGCCAUCGAGAAAAUCACGUCCACAACUCGCAAGGUGUAUUUGUCGAGAGGUGAGUCGCAAGAACCCGAAGUCAUUGAAGUGCGGAUUUGGAAUGACACGGUAGCCAAUUUGACGCUAAUGGCUCUCGGCUCAUCGGCACCUGAAAUCUUACUCUCAAUUAUAGAGAUUGUCGGCAACAACUUUGAGUCGGGGUCUUUGGGUCCCGGCACCAUUGUCGGAUCGGCCGCCUUCAAUUUGAUGGGAAUCAGCGCCGUCUGUGUGGCCGCCAUUCCCGGCGUCGAAUCACGCCAAAUCAAAGGGCUGAAAGUGUUCGCCAUCACGGCAGUUUUCAGCAUAUUGGCCUACCUCUGGCUGAUUUUCGUUCUGAUGGGAGUCAGCAAGAAUGUGGUGGAAGUGUGGGAGGCGGUGGUGACUUUCCUCCUCUUUCCCAUUCUGGUUUACCUGGCGUAUUUGGCCGAUAAAGGAUUCCCGUGGAACAAGUCACGUGUCAGCGCCACGACCGCAAACGGCAAGCAAAUUGAGCUUGGCUCCAUCCAGCCCGGUGAGUUGGAAGCCAUGGUGGAUGGACUUACUCUCACCAAAGACGGACAGGUGGACCCCAACGAGCUGGCCAAAUGGGUCAGACAAGCCUCGCGCAUGGGACUCACCGGAGAAGAUGCUGCCAAACUCGCCGCAUACAAGUUAAUUACGAGCAAAGAACAUUCCCGUGCUUGGUACCGAAUUGGAGCCACCCGCAUUUUCUCCGGCAGCAAGAAAAUUCAACCGCAACUGAGUAUCAAACUCAGAGAGGUUUACGACGCCAUCAAUGAAAACCCGGACGCUGUAAACCUGAGCCCGUUAAUCGAAACCGUCCCGCAGAACAAAGCAAUCAUCGAAUUCCACGCGAUCGCCUGUGCAGUACCUGAAAGCGUCGGACGGUUUCCCAUCACCAUCGUGCGUACCGGAAAGACGGACAACUCCGUGUCUGUGAGGGUCGAAACAAUUGAUGGCAGUGCGGUUGGAGGACAAGAUUUUGUGACGUUCAACCAAGUAAUCCAAUUUGAGGCCGGUGAACUUGAGAAAAUAGUAACGAUGGAGAUUAUAGAUGACAACCAGUACGAACCCGAUGAGCAGUUUUACAUCAAGUUGAGCUUAACAGGGACCAAAGCGAUCAAGCAAAAGGAUGUCAUGCUCGGUCGCAUUUCAAUCAUGGAAGUCACCGUCUUGAACGAUGAUGAUCCUGGCACUAUUACAUUUGAAGAAAGAGGCAUUCUCGUUAAAGAAUCGGUGGGCGUAGCCCAAGUGCCUGUUUUACGUAAAAAUGGCGCUGACGGAGAGGUUAGCGUUCGUUGGCGAACAAUUGACAAAAAUGCCGUCAGCGGUAAGGCCUACAUAGGAGGGGAGGGCUGUUUGGUUUUCAAGCACUCCGAGAUGAAACGUGUGAUUGAAAUCCCAAUUUCAAAUGACAUGAUGCCGGAAAAAGAUGAAUGUUUCGAAGUAGAAUUAUCCGAUCCUACUGGUGGCGCCGUUCUUGGAUCUAUUACCAAAUUGGCUGUUACCAUCACGAACGACGAAGAGUUCAAUUCGGUACUCAACCGCUUAGCGGAUAUGACCACCGCCAAUGUGGAUUCGAUGGAAGUGCAUCACAGUACUUGGACCAGUCAGAUCAAAGAUGCCAUGAAUGUAAACGGCGGUGAUAUUGAGAACGCUACUACUUCUGACUACGUUAUGCACUUUUUAACAUUUGGAUGGAAGCUUUUGUUUGCGUUCGUCCCACCAGCUGGAAUUUGGGGCGGCUGGUUAUCGUUCUUUGUUUCGUUAGUUGUCAUUGGUGCACUGACUGCAAUUGUGGGUGACCUGGCCAGUAUUUUCGGAUGCCUUGUAGGACUUGAUGACGCCGUCACAGCCAUCACUUUCGUGGCUCUGGGAACAUCUCUGCCGGAUCUCUUUGCAAGUCGGGCUGCUGCUAUGAACGAGAAAUAUGCGGAUAAUGCCAUCGGAAACGUAACCGGAAGUAAUUCUGUCAACGUUUUCCUUGGCCUCGGUUUACCUUGGCUAAUCGCGAGCAUAUACCACGCGUCAAACGGAAAUGAAUUCAAGGUGGAAGCCGGAAGUCUGGGAUUUUCCAUUACCGUUUUCACAAUCACUGCAGUUUUGUCGCUAGCGCUGUUGGUAACGCGGAGAUGCUCAGCUGCAUGUGGGCGUGGUGAACUGGGGGGUCCACUCGGAACCCGCUACGCUUCGGCCAUCUUUCUGUUAUUGCUUUGGAUGGCUUACGUACUUCUCUCGUCUCUAGAGACUUACGGACACAUUACAGGCUUCUAAAAAAAUCAUCACACCGAUGUGUAUUAAACUAUAUAAUACUGCCUCUGCCGGACCGUGCUCCCAGUUACAAAAUGCCAGACUAUCCAUAUGUAUUUUAGGUGAUAGAGAACCGGACAGUAUGUUCCACGCGAUGUAAACCGACGUUGUUUGGUUAGACUCUAAGUCGCUAAAAUUCCGCCGUCGAUUUAUUUCGUUACUGACCAUGACAUGAUGACAAUAAGUUGAAGUUAAUCCAUAAAAUGUUUAUUUUCUAAUGCCUAAUCUGGCAAUGCGCUUUUUUCAACAAUGUGACAGACUGAAUCGCAUCCAGUUAAAGAACUUUUUGUCGGUUUUUCAUUGGGACAUACUAUUAUAUGCCUGUCUCUAUUUCUAAUAACGUAUGUAUGGAAUUCUAAGAAACAAGUAUUGAAUCUCUUGAAGUGCAUAACAAAUUUUUAUGUAUUUUGAAAUUUGCAACGUACAAAGUUUUUUAAUUACGGUUCUUUUAACUUUUCUAUUUGGGCAUUUUCCGAUAGCUUUUUUGGGAGAAAUUACCUUAUCAUUUUUCUCUUUUAUCAUAAAUCUUUUAAGGUAAAUUCCGUUGGCAUUAUUACUUAUUUUUACUUCUCUUGAAUCAAGCAUUUAUAUUACACCAAACUAACAUAAAUAUAUCACGUAUAUUGAUCGCGUGUUGUUUUUGCAAAUUUAAUAGGUCGCUAUCUUUUUAAGUACACUAGCUGUGUUUCCCAGCAAAAUGUA